AUGCCGGAUUAUUUUGAUCGUGCCAAAGACCUUUACAAAUGGAACGAAUCGACAUUCGUGUUCAUGGGGGUGUGGCCUUUGCGAACAACUUACGUGACGUUCGUCCUGUGGAUCAUUUAUUUCGUAAACCAUUUGGUAUUGGAAUACGCCGAUUUUUAUCACGUGUUUGGAAAUACGGAGUUGAUGAUAGUAAACAUAUCGGAAAAUUCGUUGGAAGUGAUAAUACUCGUGAAAAUGAUGGUGCUGAGAUUUUCGUCAAGACUGAAAAGUCUCGUAAAGCGAAUAAUCAACGAUGUCAGUGUCGACAAUUUCGGGAGUCUCGAAGAGCAAGAAAUUUAUUUGAAUUACAAUCGUACGGCGAAGUCCUUCUUUAGAAUUUGGUUUUUCAUGGGAACAUUCGCCUCGAUUGUUUACCACGUAAAGCCACUGGAGUUUCGACUCAAAUCUGUGUUCCGUAACGAGAGUUUGCCUUUCGUUUUACCGUACCGCACCCAUCUGUUCUUCGAAAUUAAGGAUUCGUCGAUGUUUUGGGUAGUCUGGAUACUGCAAUCGCCGAUGAUUUGCAUACACAUGUUCCAUUCGGUGACGAUUGCAUUUCUGUUUUCCCUGGUGCUUCACGUAUGUGGUAAACUAGCCGUUUUGACAUACAGAAUAAAAAAUCUCGAUUUGGAGAAGCACGAGGAUCCCGGGACGUUCAGAAAUAUUUUUUGCGACAUUGUCACUAGGCACCGAGAAAUUCUACAACUAGCAAACGACAUCGAGGGGGUCUUCAAUUUAGUGCUUCUCGAGGAGCUUGUCGUCAGCACUGUGAUCGUCGGGCUCACUUCUUACAUGGUCAUUGCGAACAUCGAUGCAGAAGACAAGGGCGUUUUUGUUGCGUGCUUGACCUACGCAAUGACGAUUCUGUGGCUGGUUUACGGUUAUUGCGUCGCUGGACAAUAUUUGCUAAUUGAGAGUGCAAAUUUGUACAAUGCUUAUUACCACUGUAAAUGGUACGACGCGUCGGUUUCCUUCAAGAAACAAAUGAUAAUAUGUAUGAUCGGUGCAAGAAAACCAAUUCACUUGAGCGGUGGUGGUUGCUACACGUUUUCUCUCGUCAGUUACACGAGUGUUCUCAAAACAACAGCGAGUUACGUUUCGAUGUUACGAAAAAUUGCUUAAAAAUACGUUGGGAAAUAAAUUUCUUGGUUGACUUCAAAGGGGAGGAUGAGUUUGGGGUUAUUCAAUUCCGUCGUUUUUUCCCAGAAGCUUAACGUAGAUUGGACUUUGGAUAUACUCUUAAGGGACGUGGCGUUCUAUUUCAUGGAUUCAGUGUCUCCUCUGACGCUGUCGAAAACACUCUGAGUAGUGUCUGCAUGGGCGAGUUGCGAAUAAACAUUUUUGGAGGAAGUAGAAUGCCAUAAAACGUGGAGGACAUUAAAGUCUUUAUUCUGCUGGACA